CUGGUGAAGGUCAAAGGGGAGCGGUUGGUGACUAUAACAAUCUUAAAUACCCAAAACUUGGAGAUAUGCUAGAUUAUAUUCUUAAACAGCGGCCAGCAUUACUAGAGGCCACAGAAAUGAGGGAGUCAAAGCUUCUUUUCCCUUCAAAAACAUAUGUGACUAUGAUCAAAUUUCUGUUGAAAUGCUUUGAGGCAGAUGCAGAACAAUACGGGACAGUAGAAAGAAUUCUGGAGUAUUGGCCUUCAGUGGAGAAUAUGUGUUUGCUACUGGAACAUGCUAUGGCAUAUGAAGGCUCUGUUGAGUUGCAUUCAAAUGCCUCCAAGGCACUAAUCACAAUUGGAACUUAUUUUCAAGAGAUGAUAGCAUCACGCUAUGCCAUGAAAAUUUCAUGGUUAAAGCAAUUUUUGGGUCACAUGGAUUUCGAUACCCGUGAAGCUAUAGCACGUUUACUUGGAAUUGCUUCCCAUGCUCUUCCUGUGUCCGCGCUGCCUGAUCUUAUUGGCGAACUAAUUUCUUCAGUUUCUGCAGCACAUAAGUUAAGGUUUGAAACACAGCAUGGGGUGUUGUGUGCAUUAGGAUAUGUUACUGCUGCUUGCAUGACAAGGACGCCUACUGUCUCAGAAUCAUUGCUCCAGGCUACAGCAAAAUACCUGGUUGAUAUCGUUAACUCUGAGACUGCUACAAUGGCUUCUGUUGCAAUGGAAGCUCUAGGUCAUAUUGGACUACGGGUCCCUCUGCCUCUGCUUCAGGACUCUAAUUCAGGUGCCAUCUUAUCAGUCUUGCAUGAAAAGUUGACCAAGCUACUCUCCAGCGAUGAUAUCAAAGCUAUCCAGAAAAUUGUUCUCUCCCUGGGUCAUAUGUCUGUAAAUGAAUCAUCCUCUUCCAAUCUAAACAUCGCCCUUGAUUUGAUUUUCAGUCUUUGCCGUUCAAAGGUUGAGGACAUCCUGUUUGCAGCUGGCGAGGCUCUCUCAUUUUUGUGGGGCAGUGUUCCUGUGACUGCUGAUGUGAUUCUCAAAACCAACUAUACUUCACUUUCCACAAGUUCAAACUUUCUAACAGUAGAUGUGUCUGCAUCCCUUUCAAGAUAUAGCUCUACAGAGCCUGAAGCCAAUGAAGGUUGUUGUGUCAUGGUUAGAAAUGCUAUUACUAGAAAGCUUUUCGAUGAUCUUUUAUACAGUAGCAAAAAAGAGGAGCGUUGUGCUGGAACCGUCUGGUUACUAUCACUGACAAUGUAUUGUGGCCAUCACCCAAGCAUCCAACAAAUGCUUCCAGAUAUCCAGGAAGCAUUUACCCACCUACUAGGUGAGCAAAAUGAACUUACUCAGGAGCUGGCAUCCCAAGGACUGAGUAUUGUCUAUGAAUUUGGCGAUGCUUCAAUGAAGAAGAAUUUAGUAAAUGCACUAGUUGGCACACUAACUGGUUCAGGAAAAAGAAAGAGAGCUGUUAAGCUUGUAGAAGACUCUGAGGUCUUCCAUGAAGGUGCUAUUGGUGAAAGUCUCAGUGGAGGGAAACUUAGCACUUAUAAGGAGCUCUGCAAUCUGGCAAACGAGAUGGGACAGCCAGACUUGAUCUAUAAGUUCAUGGAUUUGGCUAAUUAUCAGGCUUCUAUGAAUUCCAAGAGGGGUGCUGCAUUUGGGUUUUCUAAGAUAGCCAAGCAAGCAGGGGAUGCUCUACAGCCACACCUUCGUUUAUUGAUUCCAAGGCUUGUUCGAUACCAGUAUGAUCCUGAUAAAAAUGUGCAGGAUGCAAUGGCACACAUCUGGAAAUCACUGGUGGAAGAUUCAAAGAGAACAAUUGAUGAACACUUGGACAUUAUUUUUGAUGAUUUAUUCAUACAAUGUGGGUCUAGGCUUUGGCGUUCACGCGAGGCUUCUUGUCUUGCUCUUGCGGAUAUAAUCCAAGGACGCAAAUUUGAUCAGGUCGAGAAGCAUUUGAAAAGAAUAUGGACAGCUGCAUUUCGUGCUAUGGAUGACAUAAAGGAGACGGUUAGAAAUUCUGGUGACAGGUUAUGCCGUGCUGUUACAUCAUUGACAACAAGGCUAUGUGAUGUCUCCCUGACAGAAACAUCACAUGCAAGACAAGCAAUGGAUAUUGUUUUACCUUUCUUGCUAACGGAAGGCAUAAUGAGUAAAGUUGACAAUAUUCGCAAGGCAUCGAUUGCAAUGGUUAUGAAACUUGCAAAGGGUGCAGGGAUAGCAAUUCGUCCACAUUUAUCUGAUCUAGUCUGUUGCAUGUUGGAAAGUCUAUCGAGCCUUGAAGAUCAAGGGCUUAAUUAUGUUGAGUUACAUGCAGCAAAUGUUGGAAUACAGAAAGAGAAACUUGAAAAUUUACGAAUUUCAAUUGCCAAAGGCUCUCCAAUGUGGGAAACACUUGAUCGUUGCAUAGAUGUUGUGGAUACACAAUCACUGGAGCUGUUGGUUCCUCGUCUUUCUCAGUUGGUUCGAUCUGGCGUGGGUCUGAAUACUAGGGUUGGUGUAGCAAGCUUUAUAAGCUUGUUAGUUCAAAAAGUUGGUGUUGAUAUCAAACCAUUUACAAGCAUCUUACUGAAGCUUUUGUUUCCAGUUGUUAAGGAGGAGAAAAGUGUCUUAUCUAAACGUGCCUUUGCAAAUGCUUGUGCAAUAGUUUUAAAGUAUGCAGCUCCCUCUCAAGCCCAGCAGUUAAUUGAAGAAACAGCAGCCUUGCAUGCUGGUGACCGGAAUGCACAGAUUUCAUGUGCAAUUUUGUUGAAAAGCUAUUUGUCCACGGCCUCAGAUAUAUUGAGUGGAUAUCAUACCAUAAUUGUUCCUGUUAUUUUUAUUUCAAGAUCUGAGGAUGACAAGAAUAUUUCUAGUUUGUUUGAGGAACUGUGGGAAGAAAAUAUGAGCAGUGAACGGGUCACCCUUCAAUUGUAUGUGGCAGAAAUUGUAUCUCUUAUUUGUGAGGGAAUUAUGUCAUCAUCAUGGGCAAGUAAAAAAAAGUCAGCCCAGGCAAUUAGUAUGCUUAGUCAAGUAUUGGGUGAAUCGCUAUCUUCAUAUCAAGAUGCUUUGCUGAAAACUCUUAUGAAGGAACUUCAUGGUCGUUUGUGGGAGGGAAAGGAUGCUCUGUUAAACGCAUUAGCUGCUCUGUGUACUUCUUGCCAUAAAGCAAUAUCCGCUAGUGAUCCUGCCACACCAAAUGCCAUUUUAAGCCUGACAGCUUCUGCAUGCACAAAGAAAGUCAAGAAAUAUCGUGAAGCGGCUUUUUGCUGUCUAGAGCAGAUUAUAAAGGCUUUCAAGAAUCCAGACUUCUUUGGUAUGGUCUUUCCAUUAUUAUUUGAGAUGUGCAAUUCAACCACUAUUAUCAAGUCUGGCCAAGUACCAUUGACAAAUGAUGCUGUUAAAGCAGAAGCUGAUGAUGCAGAGCACAACUCUGUUCCACAUGCUAAGGUUGUUGACUGCAUUACAUCUUGCAUCAGUGUGGGGCAUGUAAGUGAUAUUCUUGAACAACAAAAGAACCUUGUGAACGUGAUCUCAAAUUUGCUCUCGCCUGGUUUUCCGUGGACAGUCAAAAUGUCAGUGUUUUCGUUAAUUAAAGAACUUUGCUCAAGGCUUCAGAGCAUUGCAAAUGACUCUCAAGAAACCUCCACUCAUACUGCUGUAACUUCUUUUGUUCAUGAGUUGUUCCACUCUGCAUCACCCAAGGUAGUCGAAUGCAUAUACGCAAUCAAGAUUGCCCAGGUUCACAUUGCUGCUUCAGAGUGUCUUCUGGAAAUGACUGAGCUUUACGGAGCCCUUCCACAAGUGCAUUGGACAGAAGUAGGGUUUAAGGGUGAGCUUCUUCAUCAGUAUGAGGCGGAAAAAAAUGAGCAGGCUAAAUCAUGUCUAAAGAAAUCAAUUGACGUCCUCGAAAGCCUUGAACCGAAAAAUGUUCAAUCCUCCUGAGAUUAUUAUGGAUAUCAGAAAAAAUAUCCAAUUGUCUUUUAACAAAAUAGUUUGUAGUGUCUGGCAAUUUACAAGAGAAACCAUGUAAAGAAUUAUUUGCAAGAAAAAAAAAAGGUGAAAAAGGGAAAAGAAAAGGAGAGAAAGAAAUGAAACUGCAGAGAUUGAAAAUGGAACAUUGAAACGCAGCAGUACAGUUGAAUAACAAAAUGAGACGCAUGAUUUCGGGCAGGGGUGUUUUUCGUAUCUUGAUGCUGUAA